AUGGAAACAAAGAACCAAAGCAGUGCAUCUGAAUUCAUCCUCCUGGGACUUUCAGAAAAGCCAGAGCAUGAUACGCUCCUCUUUUCUCUGUUCCUCUGCAUGUAUAUGAUUACAGUCGUGGGCAACUUGUUAAUCAUCCUGGCAAUUAGCUCAGACUCCCACCUCCACACUCCUAUGUACUUUUUCCUGGCCAACCUCUCCUUGGUUGAUUUCUGCCUUGCCAGCAGCACUGUCCCCAAAAUGCUGGUGAAUAUUCAAACUAAGAGCAAGUCCAUCUCUUAUCCUUGCUGUCUGACCCAGAUGUACUUUUUCCAUUUCUUUGGAAUCAUGGAUAGUGUCUUAAUAGCCAUAAUGGCCUAUGACAGGUUCAUUGCUAUUUGUCACUCCUUACACUACACCACCAUCAUGAACCCAUGCCUCUGUGGACUGCUGGCUGGUGGACCAUGGGUGUUUUCCUGCUUCAUCUCCCUCACCCACAUCCUCUUGGUGACACGUCUGGUUUUCUGCCAUGACCAUGAGCUGCCCCACUACUUCUGUGACCUCACCCCUCUCCUCCGGCUCUCAUGCACAGACACAUCAGUGAACAAGAUCUUUGUGCUCAUUGUGGCAGGGAUGGUGAUAGCCACACCUUUUGUCUGCAUCCUGGCCUCCUAUGCUCGCAUCAUUGCAGCCAUCAUGAAAGUUCCCUCUGCAGGUGGUAGGAAGAAGGCAUUUUCUACCUGCAGUUCCCACCUCUCUGUGGUAGCCCUUUUUUAUGGAACCACCAUUGGUGUCUAUCUGUGUCCUGUCUCUGUCCACACAGUUGUGAAGGAGAAGGCAUCUGCAGUAAUGUACACAGUAGUGACCCCCAUGCUGAACCCAUUUAUCUACAGCCUGAGGAACAGAGACCUGAAGGGGGCCCUGAAGAAGGUCAUCAAUAGAAAGUUUACCUCAUCUACCUGA